CUUGAGUUGUAUGUGCCAGUAGGCGGGGGCAAGGACGCCAAGAGGAAGAAAUUGUAAAAUCGGUAGAAAUAGUGGGAAUGAAAGUGUCGGUUGUUUCAAAUGUAGGAGGCAUGUUAUCAUGUGAAUUGAGGUUGCUUGCUUUUGCGUAACAAAUUUCAAUAAACUUUUAUUUAUGUUUGAUGUUAGAAUAAUAUUUAACCAUUUGUUCAGACUGUUGAUGACUUCUCGUUUUCACCUCUUUAAAAUGAAACUCAUGGAAUAAUUUAAAUAUACAACACACACGUGAACAUGUUAGCUAUAUGUGUGAAUUUACGAACUUUAGCGACACAUCUUUUAGUGCAUAAUGCAAGGCAUAUAGGUAUAAAAUGGGUGACUCUAUUGCCAAAAAGAUGUAGUUUUGUUUGCACGAGAAUUUUGUCAGUGUACCGGCUUGAGGAGUGUGAUAAUUACAGUACUUUAAGUUUAACAAUAAGCCAGCGACAGAAUUGUAAAUUUCCUCAUAAUUCAGAUGUUUUGUUCCUACAUUAUAAUGCUCGCAGUAAUUCUUCAAAGUCAGAUUGUUGUCAAGUGGGAAUCGACAGAAGAGCAGGAAAACUUGCAGCAGCGUUUGUUAAUAAUUCAGCUUCAGCUCUACAGCCUUACAUGAAAUUGAUGAGGAUUGACAAACCAAUAGGUUCUUGGCUGCUGUUUUGGCCAUGUGGUUGGAGUAUAGCAUUGAGUGCAUUGCCAGGAGCUCUGCCAGAUCUCAAGAUGUUGGGGCUCUUUGGUCUGGGAGCAUUCAUCAUGAGGGGUGCUGGGUGCACUAUAAAUGACAUGUGGGAUAGAGACAUUGAUAAGAAGGUAUCUCGAACAAAAGACCGACCUCUAGUCAGUGGUGUCCUUUCUCAGCUUGAGGCUUUGGUGUUUCUUUCUGGUCAGCUGGGUCUUGGAUUGCUCGUGCUUCUCCAGUUAAAUUGGUACAGCAUUCUUCUCGGAGCCAGUUCCUUAGGUCUAGUCAUAAUUUACCCUCUUAUGAAGAGGGUCACUCAUUGGCCACAACUUAUAUUAGGAAUGACAUUCAACUGGGGAAUUCUUCUCGGUUGGUCUGCUGUCAAUGGUUCCUGCAAUUGGCCCAUUUGCCUGCCACUCUAUGCAGCUGGAAUUUGCUGGACAAUAGUCUAUGACACAAUCUAUGCGCAUCAAGAUAAGGUAGAAGAUGUACUUCUUGGCAUCAAGUCAACAGCGAUUAUGUUUGGAGAAAAUACAAAAUUAUGGCUGUCAGGAUUCACUUCCAUGAUGAUUUCUGGCUUGGUUGUCACAGGAGUACAAUGUGAUCAAACGUGGCCAUACUACGCAUCUGUUGGAUUUGUUGCCGCACAUCUCAGCACUCAGCUGUAUACUCUGAACAUCAACAACCCAGUAGACUGUUCCAUGACGUUUGUUUCAAAUCGAAAUUUCGUCAGGGAACGGACAAAUCUUCGUUACUGGCCUUCGGUAAGACCCCUUGCUGGUCCGCACAGUCACUACCUGAACUAGGCAAUCAGCCCCAGGAUGGGUCUCCUCAAUGAUGCCUGUCGGCCAGGUGAGAGGAGGAGCGUUAUCUUCCUUCAGGAGCACCAGCCUUCCUGGUCGAAGAUUAGGCUGGUUCUGCAACCACUUGGAACGCUGCUGGAGCUGGCCCAAGUAGUCUGCCAACCAGCGCCUCCAGAUGAGCUGCCGGCACCGCUGGACCAGUUGCCGUCUUGACAGACGUGAGGAUGGCCCGACAUGACAAUCUGGUUCAGGGAAGGACAUUAAGGGCUCACCAAUAAAAAAAUGCCCCGGAGUAAGGAACACACAAUCACCAGGACUGCUAGGUAUUGGAAUGAUGGGCCUAGAGUUCAUGCAUGCCUCAAUUUGCGUGAGCAGUGUGGUCAUUUGUUCGAAUGACAAAAGAGUGUUACCAGCUACCUUCUUGAGGUGAGUCUUCACCGAUUUGACACCCGCUUGCCACAGUCCGCCGAAGUGAGGGGAGUGGGGGGGGAUUAGAUGCCACUCCAUCCCUUCUUGAGCUGCGUAUCUUGAUAUAGCUGAAAGAUGAUCCUUUGAGCCUAGCAGUCGAGACAUCUUGCUCAGCCGUCGUUUCACUCCGGUGAAAUAUGUGCCGUUGUCACUGUACAUCUGACUGCAGCACCCACGUCUUGAAACGAACCUUCGUAACGCAGCAAUGAAGGCUUCAGUUGUCAAGUCGCUGACCAGUUCAGUAUGUACGGCCUUAGUCGCCAUGCACACAAACAGUGCUAUAUAGCAUUUUUCUCUGGGUUCUACUUCAAGGAUUACUGUAUUUCACUUGCAAGGGCCCACCAUAGUCCACACCACAAUGGGAGAAUGGCUUGCUUGGUGUGACGCGAGAUACAGGCAGCUGUCCCGUUAGCUGCCUGGUGGCCUUGGCCUUCGUUUUGAAACGUAGCACACUUUCGGAUCACUUGUCUGACAACCGAGCGGCCAUCAGUUGUGCAGAAUCGCAGUCGCAGCGAAGCUAGAAGAAGUUGGCUUCCAGCAUGCAGCAAUCGUAUGUGCUCAUUCCAGAUCAACAGUUUGGUGACAUGAUGUUUGGAUGGUAGGAUGAGGGGGUGUUUCUGAUCAAAGGGUACGUCAGCGUUCUCCAGUCUACCACCCACCCCCAACAGGUUGUUCCCAUCCAGGAAGGGAUGUAACGUCAGAAGCUUGCUGUGAGAGGGUAAUGCUUUCCCUUGCUGCAAACUCUGGAUCUCCUGAGCAAACGAUGAGUGCUGUGUAAUGCGAGCAAUGACAAUCAGCGAAUUGUGAAGCUCGGUAGACGUCAGUGGUCUGUGCUGGCCUGAUGCUGCACCUUGUUUCAGCUUGUAGAGGAACCUGAGAACGUAGGCAAAGACUCUUUGUAAUUUUGCCCAACUGGAGAAUCGCUUGAAUGAGGCUUCUAUCUCUGAAUAGACGGUAAUGCAGCAUAGCUUUACUCCUCGCCAUUCAGGAACCUUCUCGGGAUCUGCUGGGGGCUGUGCUGGCCAGGAGGAGGGAUCCUAGCUUAGCCAGGAAGGUCCCACCCACCAUAGCUGAUUGCCUUGAAGUCGUCGUGGGUCCGUUCCUCUGGAGAUGAUGUCCGCAGGGUUGUCCUGUGAUGCGACAUGUCUCCAAGCUUGGUAAGUGGUUAGCCGUUGGAUCUCUGAGACUCUGUUGGCCACAUAUGUUUUCCAAGUUGACGAGCACCCAGCUAUCUAGGCUAAAACAACUGUGGAGUCCGUCCAGUAAAAGCGUUGAACAAUUUGUAGGUUGAGGGCCCUAUGCACCAUAUCUACUAACUGGCUUAACAGAAGGGCGGUGUUCAGCUCCAGUCUUGGGAGCGACACCUGCUUCAAUGGGGCCACUCUUGAUUUAGAACAUAACAGAUGAAGUGUGAUGGUUCCGUUUGGGCUUGCAGAACGUAGAUAGACACACGCCCCGUAGGCUCUUUCUGAGGCAUCGGCGAAGCCAUGAAGUUCUACAGUGAUGCUUGUGCCGUCUGCUGUGAUUCUUCUGGGUAUACUAAUCCUGUUGAGAUCAGGCAGCCGUUGGUGAACUUCCUCCCACCGUGUGGCAAGUUCUGAAGGCAAUCUCGAGUCCCAAUCCAGCUGUCGUUGCCAAAGGGUUUGAAUGAAUAACUUACAUUGUACGAUGACAGGUCCUAGUAAUCCGAAUGGGUCGUAUAUGGAUGCUACAUUAGCCAGCACCAUUCUCUUCAUCCAUGUCACAUUCUUGUGCCUGCUGUCCACCACACUGAAUUGGAACAAGUCACUACUGGGAUACCAGUGCAGUCCAAGAGUCUUCACUGCACCCUCGUCAAGAGGAAGAUUGCAAGGUCCCUGUGUCUCCUGAAGUGCGGCUGGAAUGGCCUCCAAAAUGUCUAGACUGUUGGAUCGCCACUUCCAAAUAGGGAACCCUCCACUCUUGAGCAAUGAUGUGACGUCGUCAUAGAGCUGGAUAGCUUCGCUAACAGUGUCCGUUCCUGUGAGCAGGUUGUCGACAUAGAAGUCAUUCUUAAUUACUUCAGCUGCAGUCAGUUGCGUAGGUUGACCGUCAAGUGCCACCUGUAGUAAACAUCGUGUUGCCAGAAAAGGAGCUGCAGCGGUUCCGUAAGUUACGGUGGUCAGAUGGUAGGUUUCUAACCGUUGACUGGGAUGACUUUGCCACACGAUUCUCUGGAGGUCUCUGUCGUCCUCAUGCACUUGAAUCUGUCAGUAAAUUUUCUCCACGUCUGCAGUCAAUGCGUACCUGUGUGUGCGACAGCGUAGUACUAAGGAGAACAGAUCCUGCUGGAUGGUUGGUCCUACCAUCAUGAAAUCAUUCAGCGAGAGUGACAAGGUGGUUUUUGCUGACGCGUUAAAGACUACUCUAACCUUGGUAGUGCUGCUUGUAUUCUUUACUACCGCAUGAUGAGGCAUGUAAUAGCAAGACCGAUGCUGGUCAGUAGGGUCGACGAGCUCCAUGUGCCCCAGUCGCAGGUACUCAUCCAUAAACUUGACAUACUCAUUCUUCAAAUCUGGGUUUCUCAGUAAUCUCCUUUCCAUGUACCCAAAGUUCUGGGUGGCAGUGGCAAGGGAGUCCCCAAGUUCUUCAACGUCUUGCCGUAAGGGUAGCCUCACUCUGAAUCUGCCUGCAUCAUCACGGGUAACAGAGUUUGUGAAAUGCUCUUCACACAUGCUCUCUUCCUUGGACUGGUGGCGUGUCGUCAAUUCUUCUUGCAGCCAGAAACGUUCCACUUGUGCAUGCAAGUCGUGAGUUGUGGUUACCAAUGAGGUUGUUGCCAUCUUCCGUUGUCCCACGGAAUGUGCAGGUAUAUGUCCUGACAAGACCCAACCAAAUUGAGUAUUCUGGAGUGCUGGGUGGCCCUGCCUAGAUUCCUGUUCUGGCCUCAACACUUCAAAACAUACAGUUGCACCUAGCAGUAGAUCUAUGGCCCUUGGUUGGUAGAAGUGCGGAUCUGCAAGAGGAAUGUCGGUGGGCAAUUCCCAUCCUUCAUAGUUGAUUCUUGACGGUAAUGAGCCAGUGAUCAGCGGCACUACAGAACAUACAAUGCGGUUGGUGUAACUUCUGAUGGUGGAUUCAAUCUGUAGUUGUCAGAAGUGAAGGGAUUCCGUUGCCCGCACGUUGCUUAUACCAUUGAUGGGCACAGAAUGCCGAUUUAGCUUGAGGCCCAACCUAUCCGCUAGGUCUCGAGACACCAGAUUCAUUUGAGAGGCACUGUCCAGAAGUGCUCAACAUUUAUGAUUUCUACCUUGACUAUCCUUAACAUUGACAACAGCGGUAGACAAAAGAACGUCCUUGUGAGGGGAAGCGCCCCUUGAUGUUGCAACAAUGUUGUCUGUAUACUGCUCAACAUGUAACGUGUGAUGGGGUUUGUUGUGAUUCCUACAGCUUCCUGAGUUGCAGCUGUUGGCUCUGUGGUCACUUCGUAGGCAAUUGUAGCAGAGGUUAUGCUCCCUUACAAGGCUGAUGUGGCUAUUGACGUUCAGGUUCUUGAAUUUCAUGCCCUUGUGCAGACUGCGAAGACGCGCAUAAUGGACAGGGGGGAGGGGAUGUGGUGACAAAGGAUCAUCGCUGUCCUCUCAAGCUUGUCCCACGUUUCAAGUCCUCCUGGGCUCCCACAGCACGAUUUCCAGGGACUGGCAGUUACUCUGCAGAAACUGAAUUAGGUCCUUCAGGCUGGGGUACACUUCGCUUGAACUACUAUUCUCCCACUGCUUCCUAAGAUUUAGACUGAUGCGCUCCAGUACCAAGUGGGACAGUAUGAUUUUGUGUAACGGUGUUUCGAUUUCAAAGUCUCCACUGCAUUUAAGUUGCUGCAGAGUUGAUUGAUUAGUAACCGCAGCUCCUUAGGAGAAUUGUGCCUUGCAUUUGGCAGAGUCAUUAAUUCCUUGAUAUGUAGAUCUGAGAUGAGCCGUGGAUUAUGGUACCGACCACGGAUCAAGUCCCACGCAACCUUAAAGUUGUCUUGAGAUACAGGCAGAUUUUCUAUGAGAUGGUGUGGCUCUCCAGAGAGGCAUGAUAAUAAGUAAUAAUAUCUCUGAAUGUCUGUGAGCGCAUCAUUACUAAUAAUCAGUGCUAUAAAUGUGUCGUAGAAAUGCAUGAAAUCUUGCAAUGCACCACUGAAUUUAGGUA